CACAGCUGAUGAGAGGAGUAAUAAAAUGAUUAUUCAGAUAAGUCCUGAUGCCAAUGCCAACCUUCUUUUAAAGCUGACGUCAAUGCAAGAGCAAGGAGAAUUUUGUGAUUUCACUUUGUUUGUUUCUGGACUUGAAAUAAAAGCUCACAAGUAGGUGGUUCCUCUUUGCACUUCAGUUUACAUAAUUAUGUUUUUUGACCUAGUUGUUUUAAAUCUCAUUUUUAAAAUUUGUUUAUUGAUGUAUGCUUAGAAUUAUACUGUAGCACCGGUACUGACUUAGAAUUAGUAUAGUACCGGUACUGACUUAAAAAUAUACUAUUGUAUUGACUUAGAAUUAGCAUAGUACUGUUUUAGAAUUAUUCUACAGAAUUAUCAUAGGACUAACUUAUAAUUAUUAUACUAUAGUCUAUAGUGCUGACUUAGAAAUAUACUACAGAAUUAGUAUAGGAAUGACUUAGAGUUAUAAUAUAGUAAUGACAUAGAGUGAUAGUAUAGUAAUGACUUAGAAUUAUACUUUAGUAAUGAGCACUCAAUCAUCCCAUUAGCACUAAGUGUGAUGAACUUUCAGAUACUUUAUAAAUUAUCUGUAGAAGCUUUGAAUCUAUUUUAGAUGCAUGUUGGCAGCCUGUAGCGAAUAUUUCCAGACCAGCUUUCGCUUCCAUGACACUGGUCAUUCACUAAUCAGCAUAGACUUGACUCACCUGGGUUGUGACUACAGCAUUGUUGAAAUGGUUAUCAGAAGUUUUUACACCAAUGAAAUUGAUAUCGACCUAAGCUGCAUUGAAAGCGUUUUGAGAUUUGCUGAUUAUUUAGUGUGUGAAAAUGUACGCCUCUGCAUAGAAGCAUACAUGGAAAAGACCUUGACCUUCGACAAUGUGAUUGCUUAUUUUCAACUAGCUUUGCAGUACAGACUUAAUUCGGUAAUAUUUAUAUUUUCAUCUUUUAGUAAAAAAAAAAUUUAAAAAAAAAAAAAAUUUUGUUGGAAAAUUCAAGCAUGUAUAAAAAGGAAAAUGAACACUAUUAAAGCAUCUUUUAUAUCACUAAAUUUAUUGAAUUUGGAACAAAUACAGAGCCAAAAAUGGUUUUGAUAUGCAGUAGUACAAACUGCUUCAUGAGCUUUAUUUAUAAUCUUUUAGUAAUUCUUUAAAAUGUUUGUAUAUUAUCAUUAAAAUUGAUAGAAGCAGUAUAUUUGCUAAUUUUGUUCUAAACUUUUAAAGAUUUUUCAAAUGAAAGUUCUAAACAAAUCACUCUUGAUAAAGGUUAUAAAACAAGUUAUUAAAUCCUUUAUAUAAAAUUCGCUUUUGUUUGUGUCUUUCUGUGUUUUAAGGCAAAAUCUUUGGACGGCUAAUUGAUUUAUAUGAAAAACUUUGUUUUUAGGGGUUGGUUUUUUCUUAACCUUUUCAGAAAGCUGAAUAAUGAAGAAAGACAUCAAUAUUUGUCUGCCUAACAUGUCUUUUAUUUCAGUAGAUAUUUUUUGCAUGCCCUGUUUAUUAAUAACGUGUUAACUCCAUUUAAAGUGUUUUUAAGGCCUUUAAAAAAACAACUAAUGUUUUCUUAAGGAUCCAAAGUAUUCAACAUAACUGAACAUCUUGUAUGCAAACCUACAUAUUAAAUAUUGUUAACAUAACUGAACAUCUUGUAUGCAAACCUAUAGACCAAAUAUUGUUAACAUAACUGAACAUAUUGUAUGCAAACCUAUGUAUCAAAUAUUGUUAACAUUACUGAACAUAUUGUAUGCAAACCUACAGACCAAAUAUUGUUAACAUAACUGAACAUCUUGUUUGCAAACCUACAGACUGGACUUUUAAAUGGUAUCAGGAGUUUGUUGUGUGCUCGUUUUCAUGACUACUUCAUUUAUCAGCGAGACACUCUGGAUGCAAACAUGGAAGUCAUAAAUGGUUUUAUAAGUUUU